CCGCGCUCGGAGCUCUCAGGUCUGCGAAGCCGCGAACACACAUCAAUUGGUCCACCAGCCAUCAUGAACUCCCUCCGCAUCGCCUCCCGCGCAGCUCUCCGGGCACGCCCCGCCGCCAUCCGGGCCCCUCUGCAGCGAAGAGGCUACGCCGAGGCCGUCAACGACAAGAUCAAGCUCAGCUUGGCCCUGCCCCACCAGACCCUCUACAAGUCCCAGGAUGUCGUCCAGGUCAACCUCCCCGCCGAGUCGGGAGAGAUGGGUGUCCUCGCCAACCACGUCCCCUCCAUUGAGCAGCUGAAGCCCGGCCUGGUUGAGAUCGUCGAGGAGAGCGGCAACAGCAAGCAGUUCUUCCUGUCCGGAGGCUUCGCCGUCGUCCAGCCCAACUCGGCCCUGAGCAUCAACGCCGUCGAGGCCUACCCCCUGGAGGACUUCAGCGCCGAGGCCGUCCGCAACCAACUCGCCGAGGCCCAGAAGAUCGCCAACGGCAGCGGCAGCGAGCAGGACAUUGCUGAGGCUAAGAUUGAGGUGGAGGUUCUCGAGACUCUGCAGGCUUCUCUGAAGUAGAGUGGUGGUUAUAUCGCGCCCAUGUAGAAUACCAAUCCUGAAGAUCUGAUCGUCCACAAAUACGCAUGGCUGGAACAGUGAUCGUCUCCAUGAUAUUACGUCAAUGGGGCAUCGAGCAUCUCGUUGGAGAGUGGUCCAAUUAGACAUGAUAUUGGCCAACAGGCCUCUACACCG